AUGAAAGUCAUGGAAUAUCUAACUAUAGAAAUGACAGAACCUGCGGCAGGCGAAAAGUUGGAGAAAACAAAAGUAAAAGAUGCGAAAUCUGAGACAAAGUUCACUAGCGUCAAAUCAGAGCCCACUUCAGAAGUUGAGGACAGGUUGAGCAGGCAGAGAAGAAAAACAUGCCACUUGUGUCCACCCAAGAGAAAAAGGAAGACGUCAUACCUCUGUUUACUAUGCAGAAGACCUAUAUGCUUGGAGUGUUGUAGGAAAGUUUGUACAUUGUGUAUAAAAAAGGAAUGAAGCUCAUCCUAUGAUGUAUUCUUGUGUUUAUGUAAUCAUUUCUGUCUCUAUUAUUAACUAUUUUCAUACAGGUACAUGUGCUACAAAUAUAAACAUAGCAAGCGAGGAAAUAAAAAUUUUGGUAAACAUCGCGUUAGAGAUUUUUGUUAAAGCAAA